AUGGCUGGCAUCCCCUCCAGCGCAAUGGCUCUGCAGCGCCAGCUCUGCCGCCCCAACACCUCCUUCACCACCAAACUCGCAAAGACCGCCUUCGCGCCCUCACAAUGCCGCCGAAACCUCCAGGACAUCGCCAUCACGCGCACUGGCAAGCCAAUUAUCCGGAUACCUGGUGGUCGAAGUAGCUUGGGUGGACAUACCGUGACCGUCUUCGGCGCCACGGGUCAGCUGGGGCGAUACAUUGUGAACCGCAUGGCUCGUGCUGGAAACACUGUGGUUGUGCCAUACCGAGAGGAGAUGGCAAAGAGACAUUUGAAAGUGACUGGCGAUCUGGGAAGAGUGGUCUUCAUCGAGUACGAUUUGAGGAAUACGGAGUCCAUUGACGAGUCUGUCCGACACUCAGACAUGGUCUAUAACUUGGUUGGACGUGAUUACCCGACCAAGAACUUCGACUUGGAGGAUGUGCACUGCGAGGGAACGAGGAGAAUCGCCAAUGCUGUUGCCAAGUACGAUGUGGACCGCUUCAUCCACGUCUCCUCCCACUCCGUCCACCCAGAGUCUCCCUCCGAGUUCUUUAGGACGAAAUGGCGUGGCGAGCAAAUUGCUCGUGAGAUCUUCCCCGAAACUACCAUUGUCCGUCCUGCACCUGUCUUCGGAUUCGAGGAUCGUCUGCUGCACCGUCUGGCCAAGGCCUCCAACAUCAUCACCGCCAACAACAUGCAGGAGCGCUUCUGGCCUGUCCACAGCAUUGACGUCGGCAAAGCUUUGGAAGCCAUUGGCUAUGAUGACAGCACCGCUGGCCAGACUUUUGAGCUCUACGGACCCAAGCAGUACAGCUUGGCUGAGAUCUCGGAGCUUGCAGACCGAGAAAUCUUCAAGGACCGACGACAUAUCAAUCUCCCCAAGUUCAUUCUGGCACCGCUGAUGGGUGUCCUCAAUCGUCUGCUCUGGUGGCCUGUUGGUAGCAGAGACGAGGUUGAGCGUGAGUUCCUCGAUCAAUUCAUCGACAAGAACGCAAAGACAUUCAAGGAUUUGGACAUUGAGCCAGGUGAUAUCGCGGCCUUCACCUACAGAUACCUGCAAGGAUACCGAAGCUCGUCUUACUACGACUUGCCACCCAUGACAGAGAAGGAGAAGCGGGAGGAGAAGAAGUAUCUGCAUGUCCUUGACGACCAAUAG